GCCUCGCGGCUCCGUUUCCGGUGGCUGGUUGCGCUCGCUCACCCCAGCUGCAGCCACUCUCUCCCGCGGCUGCUUCCUCCAUCCUGGUAUUUUUUGGAGCCUCCAUCCUGGUUCUUCCAAAGUGCCCGGACCCAAAACAGGAAGCCAAAAGAGACUGCUGGGUCCUGAAACUGAAAUUACAGAGGGUUGUGAGCUGCCAUGUGGGUGCCAGGAACUGAACCCAGUUUCUCUUAACCUGAGCCAGCCCUUGUCUUCCAUAUUGUUCUAGAGGAUCACAGAUGCACAAGCAUGGAGGAGAAGCAGUUUGGAUAACUUGAGUGAUGCUGCGGCCAAAGCACAGAGGUGGGAUUCUAUGGGAAGGCCUGUAGCUAAUCCAUCUAUGGUCUAGAUUUGAGUAUGAGCACAGUUGAAGAGGAUUCUGACACAGUAACAGUAGAAACUGUGAACUCUGUGACGUUUACUCAGGACACAGACGGGAACCUCAUUCUUCAUUGCCCUCAGAAUGACCCUGAUGAAGUAGACUCAGAAGACAGUACUGAACCUCCACAUAAGAGGCUUUGUUUGUCCUCUGAGGAUGAUCAAAGCAUUGAUGACGCUACGCCAUGCAUAUCAGUCGUGGCACUCCCACUUUCAGAAAAUGAUCAGAGCUUUGAGGUGACCAUGACGGCAACUACAGAGGUGGCAGAUGAUGAACUUUCUGAGGGAACUGUGACACAAAUUCAGAUUUUACAGAAUGAUCAACUAGAUGAAAUAUCUCCAUUGGGUACUGAGGAAGUUUCAGCAGUUAGCCAAGCAUGGUUUACAACUAAAGAAGAUAAGGAUUCUCUCACUAACAAAGGACAUAAAUGGAAGCAGGGGAUGUGGUCCAAGGAAGAAAUUGAUAUUCUAAUGAACAACAUCGAGCGCUAUCUGAAGGCUCGUGGAAUAAAAGAUGCUACAGAAAUCAUCUUUGAGAUGUCAAAAGACGAAAGAAAAGAUUUCUACAGGACUAUAGCGUGGGGGCUGAACCGGCCUUUGUUUGCAGUUUAUAGAAGAGUGCUGCGCAUGUAUGAUGACAGGAACCAUGUGGGGAAAUACACUCCUGAAGAAAUAGAGAAGCUCAAGGAGCUCCGGAUAAAACAUGGCAAUGACUGGGCAACAAUAGGGGCGGCCCUAGGAAGAAGUGCCUCUUCUGUCAAAGACCGCUGCCGGCUGAUGAAGGAUACCUGCAACACAGGGAAAUGGACAGAAGAAGAAGAAAAGAGACUUGCAGAGGUAGUUCAUGAAUUAACAAGCACGGAGCCAGGUGACAUCGUCACACAGGGUGUGUCUUGGGCAGCUGUAGCUGAAAGAGUGGGUACCCGCUCAGAGAAGCAGUGCCGUUCUAAAUGGCUCAACUACCUGAACUGGAAGCAGAGUGGGGGUACUGAGUGGACCAAGGAAGAUGAAAUCAAUCUCAUCCUAAGGAUAGCUGAGCUUGAUGUGGCCGAUGAAAAUGACAUAAACUGGGAUCUUUUAGCUGAAGGAUGGAGCAGUGUCCGUUCACCACAGUGGCUUCGAAGUAAAUGGUGGACCAUCAAAAGGCAAAUUGCAAACCAUAAGGAUGUUUCAUUUCCUGUCCUAAUAAAAGGUCUUAAACAGUUACAUGAGAACCAAAAAAACAACCCAGUGCUUUUGGAGAAUAAAUCAGGAUCUGGAGUUCCAAACAGUAAUUGCAAUUCCAGUGUACAGCAUGUUCAGAUCAGAGUCGCCCGCUUGGAAGAUAAUACAGCCAUCUCUCCAAGCCCCAUGGCAGCGUUGCAGAUUCCAGUCCAGAUCACCCACGUCUCUUCAACAGACUCCCCUGCUGCUUCUGUUGACUCAGAAACAAUCACACUAAACAGUGGAACACUACAAACAUUUGAGAUUCUUCCAUCUUUCCAUUUACAGCCCACUGGUACUCCAGGCACCUACCUUCUUCAAACAAGCUCAAGUCAAGGCCUUCCCCUAACACUGACCACAAAUCCCACAGUAACCCUGGCAGCUGCUGCUCCUGCUUCUCCUGAACAGAUCAUUGUUCAUGCUUUAUCCCCAGAACAUUUGUUGAACACAAGCGAUAAUGUCACGGUACAGUGUCACACACCAAGAGUCAUCAUUCAAACUGUAGCUACAGAGGACAUCACUUCUUCUUUAUCCCAAGCGGAACUGACAGUUGAUAGUGAUCUUCAUUCAUCUGAUUUCCCCGAGCCUCCAGAUGCACUCGAAGCAGACACUUUCCCAGACGAAAUUCCUCCGCCUAAGAUGACUAUACAGCCAUCAUUUAGUAAUGCUCAUGUAUCUAAAUUCAGCGACCAAAAUAGCACAGAGCUGAUGAACAGUGUCAUGGUCAGAACAGAGGAAGAAAUUGCCGACGCCGACCUGAAGCAGGAAGAACCGCCUUCUGACUUAGCCAGUGCUUAUGUUACUGAGGAUUUAGAGUCUCCCAGCAUAGUACACCAAGUUCAUCAGACAAUUGAUGAUGAAACAAUUCUUAUCGUUCCUUCACCUCAUGGCUUUAUCCAGGCAUCUGAUGUUAUAGAUACUGAAUCUGUCUUGCCUUUGACAACACUAACAGAUCCCAUAUUCCAGCAUCAUCAGGAAGAAUCAAAUAUGAUUGGAUCGUCUUUGGGCAGUCCUGUUUCUGAAGACUCAAAGGAUGGCGAGGACUCAGUAAACUGUCACUAGAUUAUUAGAAAGACAUACUUCAAGAAGCCACAUUGUGACUACAUUGUCUCCAAAGGAAGGAGCCAUCCCAGGAGUUGUGGUUUGCCAUUCCUCUGGCUUGUACUUAGCUGCCAUGCUUAAGCCAUGCACAUUGUUGCUGCUGUUACUUUUACCUCCUUUUCAGUAGAUCUGAGGUCCAACUUUAUAACAGUGUGUUACGAUGGAGGAUGGAGGACAGGAUGUGUGAAUGGCCCACACUUGUUAGCUACUUAUAUCACCAAAGCUUAACUACUCUGGUUUCAAUAUAAGUAGUAACCCUCAUCUCUGCAGUUAGACACAGCUCUGUCCAGACUCACGCUGGGCUGGCUGAGAUUAAUUCAGGUUAUAUUAUCAACAUGGUCCAGCUUAUGUUAGCAGUGACUUUCAGAAAGACUAACUUAGGAGUGAGUUGAUGACAUGACCAUGACCAGCAUCCAGAUACCAGAUUAUGGGGGGUGGUUGUGCUGGUUAACCCAUUGCUGGCAGUGGGAGCUGACUGAGGCAGGGUAAAGAGCAAAGCAUUACAGAGUCAAGAAAAUUCACUACAGGUCUUUGAUUAUUAACUCUUAAAGGGAACGUGGUUAAAGUGGUAACAAAACGCACUGGUAACAAAGCAGUUAUCAACUCUCAUCAGAAACCAGUCACUAGUUUACAGUUAGCACUUUGAAGUGAAAUUAAAUGAGGGAGAGGUAAUAUUGCCUGUGUCUGAUAACCAUGAUGUUUUUAUGACAUGUCUUACUAUAUAAAUUGCCCAGAAGAUAGUGAGGGACAUUAAUUAGAGUAUGCUGUUCACUUAGUGCAUUACCUGCUGGGGGUACACUAUAGCUUCUCCCUCAGGCACUUUUAAAAAACAAAGUUUGCUUCUGUAUCAAAAGAAAACAAAUCACGAGUCAUUCCUAAGGUAAAGCCAAAACUAGCCUGUAGGGCUUUAAUGAUAUGAUCCUUACAGAAAAGUCCAAAAAAGGAGGGGGAAAAAGAAAAAAGGAAACUUGUAUAAAUUAUUUUAUUUAUUAUUGUAAUUAGAUCUUCACAAUCAAAGUUGUCUUUUCACCAUCUGUUUAUUAAUGUAAAACUGUAGUAAUAAGCAAAAGUUGGUUGCCUAGGGGAACAAUAAUUGUAUAUUCAGUUUAACAGAAAUAAAAGAGUAUUUGUCUUAAAAUGCAA